AAAGAAUAAGAACGGAACCAAAGAGAGAGAGAGAGAGAGGAGACUAGACUGCUUGCUCUCUUCAUCGUCUUCUUCUCCUUCCUGUGGGAUUAAUUUUUGGAAAAAAAUCGAACAGUUUCCAUUUUCGUUGUGCAUUUAACACUCAAACCAUAACCCUAAACACUCUGAAUCGCACGGAGGUUUCGUUCCAUCGGAUUUAUUUCACCACUAACUAACUCUCUUUCUUUCUUCGAUUGUUUUUAGAUAUUUUACUCUCGAUCGGAAGCUCAUAACAAACCCUAAUUUUUGUCCCGUUGAUUAUGGCCUCCGCCGCUUCUAACCACUCCACUUCAAUCGAGAAUCGCGGCGGCUCUACACAACCACGCCGUCCCUCUCCGUGGAGUCAGAUCGUCCGCGGCGAAUCGGAGCCGACGAUCUCCUCCGCCGCCGCCGCUGCUCCUUCCUCUCCUCAAUCCAAGGCUCCGAUUGAUCCGAAUCCUUCUCCCUCCGUUGCUCCUCUUAUGACGGAUGCUGGAGACGAUAGAUCGGAGGAGUGUGGUGCUCAGGGGAAUGCAGGGAAGAAACCAGUUUGGAAGAGGCCAUCUAAUGGUGGGGCUUCUGAGGUUGGACCUGUGAUGGGAGCUUCGUCGUGGCCUGCUCUCUCUGAGACCACUAAAGCUCCUUCUUCCAACAAGUCUUCCUCUGAUUCGUUAAAGAGUCUCGGCGAUGUACCUUCUUCGUCGUCAUCGGUGGUGGUGGUCCCUGUUUCUCAGGGAAAUGCAAAUGCUCCUUCUGUUCCUGCACCAAAGCAAGGUGGUCGUGCAAACCCUAACCCAACACCAAACAACUCGCGCCAGAGAUCAUUUAAACGGAAUGGCGCUUCUGGAUCAGCUGCUAAUGGUACUGUUUCUCAACCGUCAGCGCAAGGUCCACUUAUCGAAACGCCUUCACACAACCCUUCUCCUAGAGGCCAAAACCAGAAGAAUGGCGGUAGUGACAACUUUUCACCACGAGACUCUUACAGGAACCAAAACGGUAACCACCACCACCACCAAAGUCAUGGUGGCAGGCGCAACCAGGAGCACGGAAAUCAAAACUGGAAUUUCAACAGAAGCUUUAACGGGAGAGAUGGAAAUGCACAUUCACAAAGAGGUGCUCCAGCAUUUGUAAGACAUGCACCUCCACCUAUGCAGUCAAUUCCUCCUCAGUUUAUGGCAGCUCAGCCUAUUCAGCCUUUUGGCGGUCUUGUGCCCUUUUCUCCUGAAUUGUCAUCUCCAUAUUAUCCCCGUAUGCCUUUCAUCGGCCCUCCCUCACCUGGUCCCGUCUUCUUCCAAGUCCAAGAACCUCCUCUAGACAUAAAACUACAGAAGCAAAUACAUUAUUAUUUUAGUGAAGAGAAUUUGAUUCGAGACACAUAUCUUCGUGGGCACAUGGAUGAUCAGGGUUUUGUUCCGCUACAUGUGAUUGCUGGUUUCAAGAAGGUUGCAGAACUUACGGGUAGCAUACAGCAAAUGGUGGAGGCUCUACAAGGUUCACCAUUUGUUGAAGUGCAGGGUGACAGAAUAAGGAAGCGCUAUAAUUGGCAACAUUGGUUGCUUCCUGAAGUGGCGAGCCCCCAAUCAGUUGAUGCAGUUGCAAGCGGAGUUAGAAACUUGUCAAUUGGUCAGAGCUCGGCGGAGCCAAUUGGUGGUUCAAGCAAUCAGUUGCAACCUGUGGAAGCAGGAAACAAAGCUGCUUCAGAUGGUCAGCAACAGUUUUCUGUUGUUGGUCAGGUGAACAACCUCAACGGGUCAGAUGGUGCAAACCGUUGAACCAUCAUGUUUGGAACUGUUGGUUAGUGUUGGACAUGAAAUAUAUUAUUUUGUCCUGACCGGAAUCAGGAAAAAAUACAAUAAUGAUGGGGAAUCAAAAAAGAGAGUAAAAGGUAAGGCAUAAAACCAAAAAGAGAAAAGACUCAUGAAAACAGAAAAGGGAUCAAACAUUUCAUAAACUUUGGCAUAUUUAUGGUUCUUUCUUGGUUUUGGUUGUUUUUUUUUGGAUGCUAGUAACUCUUUUUGUGUGUUUAUGCUACUUUGCUACAUAUGAUGGUCAUUAACAGUUGCUUGUAAACCAUUGUUAUGGUCUUGGGAUUUAUCGGUUUUGUUUUGCCUAUUACCCUCUCGAUUUUGUUCCCCUAAUCAUCAGUUUUGUUUCUUUUUCAAAAAUAUAUUCGAU